GUCAAAAAAAAAAAAAUCUCACCAACCGGUUCACUCUCUUCCUCUCUCUCCCACUCUCUAUUCCCCAAUCCUGCGACCAUAGCUCGCGACCAUCUCUUCACCGCCGGCGCCAUGGCUGUCCGCUCCCCUCCUCCCCGCGGCUAGCCUCGCAGCACGACCCAGCUCUUCUCCGCCGGUCGGCGGUUGCCGCCAACGGAGGCGGAGUGCCAUUCGAUGGCGGUUGCUCUACUUUCUCUCCGCCCCCAAUCGGUCCCUAGAGCCCAGCCAGCCAGACAGCUACGCGGUUGCGCCGGCGCCGCGCAUGGCCACGCCGCUCGCGCGUGUGCUGCUGCUCCAGGCACCCCGCAGGACUUGCCCCGCCUCCCAGAUCCCCCGGCGCCGCCACCUCCGGCCGUCGGUGUCCUUCACCACCGCGGCCGUCCCAGGGGGCGUGAGCGGGCCGGUGCUCCGCAUGUGCAAGAAUUGCAAGAAGCAGUUCGACCCGGCAGCUAGGACUUAUAUCUUCAAGCUGAUGAACAGCAGCGGAAUUACUGAGUCAGGGGAAAGCGAGAAGGUUUUGUUGCUGAUGGAAAGUGGUGUCAGGCUGCACAGCACUCAAUAUGUUCGCGACAAGAGCAGCACACCUUCCGGAUUCACUCUCAAGCCGCGGAAACACGUUCGUAGCAAGAGGCUUGAAGAUGUCCGUAUGCUAGGAUAUGAUAGGAUGGUCCUUUUUCAAUUUGGACUUGGCAGUAAUGCACAUUUUAUAAUUCUGGAGUUUUAUGCCCAAGGAAAUAUCAUCCUCACAGAUUCUGGAGUUUUAUGCUCCUCACAGUUUUAUGGUGCAAAUAUAUGUCUGGUAAAAGGUGCUUAGAGUUAAACUGGUGGAUUGAGUAAGCUGCUACUUUUGAUUCUUGGUAAA